UCUCUAUCUUCAGCUUGGUUGUUAAGGAUUUUGUUCAAGAAUAAUGGAGAAUGGCUUAAGUUUUGAUAAUUAUGACUUUAAUAUACUUGUGCACAUAUGUCCUUUGCUGUGUGUAUUGACAAAACUUGUCUGUUUUCAAGUUUUAUCACUCCCAGUCUGUUGUACUUGCCACCUCACAGAAUUUAUGUACCUGUAAAGUCACUGUUUGAUGUAUGAUCUUGUUUCUGCUUUUUAAUUCUUGAUGUGCAAAUUAGUGGUGGUUGAUGUUUUUGCUUGCUUGGCGGGCUUAUACUUUAUUCUGCAUUGCUGCACAUUGCUAACUAUAAUCAGGUAAACCAUCAUUCUAGCAGGUGUUUUGCACUUCACAUUUACAUCAAACAAACAGUGAAGUAGAUUGGGCAUAUGGAACCUUCUUCUUAGUUAAUAUGUUUUCCUAAUAUUGAAAGUUUUUGUAAAGGAAAAUAUAAAGAACUUAUACUUUAGGAGGUCUCCAAUAAAUGUCUUCUAUAUAAAGAAACACAGGACUUCUUAACUUUGUUCAGCUACUUAAUUCAAUGCUUUAUAAGGAAAGCUGUUUCAAUUUCAAUUUAUGGUUGAACUUUGCUACUUCUUUACAUACCAUUAGAAAAUUAUGGAAGUUCUUUAUUGAUAAACUUCGAAAAUGUUGUAUUUGAAAUAGCCCAGAAGAAUGGCAGGUAUGUUAACAGCUUCAAAGAAGGAUGCUUUUUCAAGCAAUUUCUUUUCCUUGUAGAGCCUUCGGGUUCUACCUGUUUGAGUUUGUCUCAUUCUUUUAAAAAAUUUAAUACAAAAUCACUUUGUAGAAUUAAAAUUUCAUGAAUUUCUAAAUUCUGCAUUUGGAAUUGGAAACCAAUAAACAUAUUUGGAUAAUGCAAUCUGGAUCAUAGAACCCCUGAAUAAUGGAGUUCCAUUCCAUGACUGAAUAUGAGACCAAAGACUUCAGCCUAAGAGAUGGAUAAUAUGUCGAGUAAAUUGUUCCGUUUCAGUGUCAUAUGCCUUGAUAAAAUGGGAAGCAUCUCUAGAUGAAUUCGUGGAGCAGCAGUUCCUUCAAAAUGAGGUCCUCAUUUUAAGCCCCACUUGGGGAAAUUCCAUCAGUCUAGAAAAAAAGAAAUAUUCUUUGUUCUGAUUAAACUACUCCAAUUAGUAGAGAAAGAGUUGUAUUUGAUAUGCAUGGAAAACAUAAGUAUUGUAAAAGGCACAAUUCUUUUCUAUGCUAAUGUAAAUUGUAGCUAGAAGGUCUGUUAUCUUCUGUUUUAUGUCUUUAGGCUGUGAAGGGUUGUAUAUGGCUAUUCGAACAAGAGCAAGCAUUAGGCUUCAGCAGUGUGUCAACUAACAUUCGAAUGACAGCCAUCAAACUCAAAUCUGGAGGAUUAUGGGUCCACGCACCCAUUGCUCCAACGAAGGAGUGUAUUCAGAUCAGGGAUUGGAUUGAUAGUAUUGUCCGAGACUGGAAAUUCAAGAGGAUAAUUCCUGCUCAUUUUGCUGCUCCAAUAAACACAGGCAGGUCUGAAUUUUUAGCCGCGUUUUCAUUCCUAGAUGACUUCUUGGGAGAGCGAUAUGUUACUCAGCCUUCACUUUCGCUUCUAUUUUCAUCAAUUAUGAGGAAGGCGGCGAGUUACUUCCCACCGGAUGACAUGAAGACCUUAUCAUCUCUUGAUCAGUUCUUGGUCUCGGUGGGAGCAGUGAAGAAGACUGUCUCAGGCCGGAAGAAGACAGCAUGACAGAUAAAUUUAGCCAAUGAGUUUCGCUACCAUAAAUUUACAAACAUGUAUAUGCAGUGUUUGAUAAAUCAUCAUUGCCCUAGCAUAAAAUACAUAGAUUUGAUGUCCCUAGCUGUAGAUGUUUUAAAUGAUAUAUACGAGAUUCAAAAGGUUGAAGUGUCGAA